AUGUUCUCUCAUCUCCCUGUUCCUGGCACCCUGAGACUGUUCUGCAGGAUGUCCUCCUCCUGUGUCAGCGCAUUGCCCACAUCCUUGUUGCGCUCGGCUGCCUACGUCGGUGGUUCCUGGAUACGAUCUUCUGAUUCCGCCACUUUCCCGGUGCUGGAUCCCGCCACUGGAACAGAACUGGUGCAGGUUACUGACUGUGGGCCUGCAGAGUGCAGAGAGGCAUUGAAAGCUGCUUCAGGGGCAUUUCAGAGCUGGAAGGAGGUGUCCAGCAAGGAACGGAGCAACUUGCUGCGCAGAUGGUAUGACCUGAUGAUCCAAAACAAAGAAGAUUUAGCCAAGAUUAUCACAGCAGAAAAUGGCAAACCUUUAAAGGAAGCACUUGGUGAGAUUGUAUAUGCUGCAGGCUUUGUGGAGUGGUUCUCUGAAGAGGCUCGCCGUAUAUAUGGAGAUGUGAUCUCUGUGCCACUGAAAGACCGAAGAGCCUUGGUCCUCAAACAACCUGUUGGCGUUGCAACCAUCAUUACCCCAUGGAAUUUCCCCAGCGCAAUGAUCACAAGAAAGGUUGGGGCUGCUCUGGCUGCUGGGUGUACAGUUAUAGUGAAGCCUGCAGAAGACACCCCACUGUCUGCAUUAGCACUUGCAGAGCUUGCUCAUCAGGCUGGCAUCCCAGGUGGAGUGUACAAUGUUGUGCCAUGUUCUCGGCAGAAGGCCCCAAAAGUUGGAGAAAUUCUGUGCACAGAUCCUGCAGUAGCCAAAAUUUCUUUCACUGGGUCUACUGUUACAGGAAAGAUUCUGCUUCGCUAUGCAGCUGAUUCUGUAAAGCGGGUGUCUAUGGAACUUGGAGGACAUGCUCCAUUCAUUGUCUUUGACAGUGCAGACGUGGACAAAGCAGUAGCUGGUGCUCUUGCUUCCAAGUUUCGAAAUUCUGGCCAGACUUGUGUCUGUACAAACAAAUUCCUGGUUCAGAAAGGAGUACAUGAUGCCUUUGUAACAAAGCUGGCAGCGCUGAUAAAGAAAGAUCUGUAUGUGGGCAAUGGAUUUAAAGAUGGUGUCAAUCAGGGUCCACUUAUUAAACGAAAAAGCUGUGGAGAAGGUAAUUAUUAG